UAUUAUUGUUGUUGUAUGUACAAAUAUAUAAUUAUCAUCGUUGAUUGAGUCAAAAGUUGACGUCGACUGGAUGUUUAUCGACGGAUCGUCACUAAGCGCAAAAAAACCGAUAAUUAAAACGACUGUGGCUUUACAGGAUACUGUAAUUAAAAUAUGUUAAAUUACACGACAGUCCUGAAAAGGAAUUGUAACUUGAUUGUAGCAAAAUUAUACGUAGGCCUACUGAAAAUAAUGAAUAAAUAUCUUUAAUAUCUUGUUAAACUGCACAGGUUUAACUUGCGUAUAAAAUUAUAUGCAUAUAUAUUUAUUUGUUUCAGUGAAUGCGAAAGCGCUGAAUGUUUAAUGUAGGAUUACACUGCCUGCGAGAUCAAGGAGGAAGGUUUAAUAACUAAAUGAAAAUAGUUUGUAAAAUAUAUAUUUUACGUCUUCUAUAUGGGUCUAGGGAGAUAACGGGGACCUUCGCCUUCCUAGUUGCAGCUGUGUAAUCAUUAACAGACAGCAAACAUAAAGUGCCAAGACAAUGAAUAGCAUCCAUUUUACGUACCUCCUCCGAGUAUAUAGCUACAACCACUUUAUUUUGAAACUGUUGUUUUGUUUGUUUGUUUGUUUAGUGUUUUGGUUAUAUUGCCUUUAUGUCAGGUAUAGCAUAUUUUACAUUGGCCUAUAAUGACAAGUAUCUGAUAGUGUAGUGUAAUGUAAUAACUUAUUUUAUUAAAUUGAUGCCGUUCAGAGCUCGCCGGAGAUGCACGAGUGUUUUUUGGAAGAUAUUGCAAAGCCUGGCCCGGGCUAAGAGGAGCUGGAAGCUGCCUGCUUCGUUACUGGGAGUGCUUCAGGCUGGGAAAUGGGAAGCCAUCAGCGUUGUCACUCAGACGGGCACCAUCCUGUUCGCCCUAACCUUAUAUUCCCUGAAUACCUGGCUGUACAAACUGCUCACCCAGAUCUUCGUCUCCCAGUACCGCUUUCCUUAUGCGGUUCAGCUCGCGUUUGCACAGGCCCUGCUGAUGCUGGCAGCCCUCUCCAGCCUGUGCUCUCUUGGCUGCCUCCCCCUGCAGCCGUACUCGCUGCACCUGGGUGAGCGCCUACUGGUGCCCGCCAUCUGCCAGGGUGCUCAUGCCGCGCUGGCACUGUGGGCGCAGGCCAACGGCGCCGCCGUCCUGCAUGGACUCGUCGAGCGCCUGCUGCCCCUGGCCUGCACCGCCUGCUCCCACGCCCUGGCUCUGACCCCGUCGCUCUCUGCCCGCUCCGCCGUCCUGUUGGCCACGGCGGUGCUCACAUCGGUCUCCCUCACCGUCAUGCAAGCCUCACUCUGGAUUGAUGCCCUGAUAUGCCUCUAUGCCGCACUGAGCCUCUUCCUGCACAGCCUCUCCCUCUGCUGGCUAGCCAAGGUGGGGGAGGGCGAGGCUGUCUGUAGGGGUGGGGGGAGGCGGGUCUCCUCGCUGGACCUCUGCUUCUCCAUGACCAUCAACAAAAGCCUGGUGCUGGGUUUCCUGUGUCUACUGCACCCAGACGGUGCGCCGGCGCUCAGUGAGGGUUCCUGGCAGAGCCUCCUGUUUCUGGCCUACCUGCUGGGCGUGCUGUUGCUGGGCGCUCUACAGCACCUCCUGCUGGCCGUCGCGGCACUGCGCUGCUCCCCUGUGGCCGCUGCGCUGCUGCACACCGCACAAGGCCUCGCAGAGCCCCUCACUAGCCUGUUAUAGGCCAGACAUUGCAAGUUCCUCCAUACCUGAGAUAUAUCACUGCCAUUAAUUUCAGCAGAGGUGGACAAUUCAGGUCCAGAAAGUACAAAUCCAGACCGAAGUUUUAUUCCAAUUAACCAAUUGCGUCCUCUGUGACUCUUCAUGCUGAACUUGUUGGUUGAAACAAAACCUUGGUCUGGAUUUGUAUUUUCUGGGCCUGAACUUUCCACCUCUGAAUUUCAGACUCAGUUACUGAGAAAAUGCUGUUGUGUUUAGCUUUUUAAGAUUAUUUGUAAAUAACUGUGUAGAAGUUAGGUAGCAGGUUGGGUUUAUGCCUAUAGCAUCCUUACCUCACACCCCCAUGGUUGGGGGUUCAGAUCCUUGCCCCACUCUGCAUGUGCAGAGUUCCUCCCUUUGUAUGUGUGUGUUUUUGUGAGGCAGAGGUGGAAAGUUCAGGUCCAGAAAGUACAAAUCCACACCAAGAUUUUGUUUCAAACAACCAGUUGAGUAUAAAGAGUCACAGUCAGCUGGUUGGUUGAAAGAAAAUCUUGGUCUGGAUUUAUACUUUCUGGAUCUGAACUUUCCACCUCUGCUGUCAGGUAUGGAGGUCACAUGUAGUUGGAUGAGUUGGCAUGACCAAUUCGCCUGUAGCCUCACUAUGACCCUGUACUGCGGAUGGAUGGAUGUUCAGAAGUACUUAGCCUGACUGGAUGUCACAUUGCUGUUUGUGUUAAAACCAAGUAAAGAAUUACAUUAACGAA